AUGCAGCGCAGCUGCAGCAGCAGCAGCAGCAGACACAGCAGCAGCAGCAGCAGCAGCAGCAGCAGCAGCAGCAGGUACACAGAAGCAGCAACGGCGGAUGAAACAACUUUCUCCAAACUGAGGUUUUCGCUGCCUAGCUUGCCAGAGGGACAAGCGGAGCAGCUGCAGCAGCUGCAGCACACGCAGUAUACGCAGCAGCAGCAGCAGCACAUGCAGCAGCAGCAGCAGCACAUGCAGCACAAGCAGCGACUGUGCAUGCCCCACAGACUGCAGCAGCAGCAGCAGCUCGAGCAAAGCAUUGCUAUCUUUGCUGCGCCCAGCAGCAGCGGGCCUUUGAGCUCCCGCAUAGUAACCUCCCUUGAGCUCCACAGCGCUGACAACAACAGCAGCAGCAGCAGCAGCAGCAGCAGCGACAGCAGCAGCAACAACGGUCAGUCAAGAAAGCAUCAAGCACUGGUUUAUCCAUCAGGCCAAAACCCUCGUCGCCAAAGGUGCAGUCGGGAUUGA